GGUUGUUGUUCAGCUGUAGACGAUUUAUUCAUGGAUUCUCCCAGCCGAAUACUUACUCUGACUUUUUUGAAGUUUUCCAAAUAAGUAUUGGACAGAUCAAGAACCUUUUUACAGGUCUUUAAGAAGAAGAGUAACUCUACAUAUGCUGCGAGUUUAAUGAUGGCUGCAAGCUCUGAGCCACCAUACCUGCCUAUUGGCACUGAUGUCAGUGCCAAGUAUAGAGGAGCAUUUUGUGAGGCCAAAGUAAAGAAGAUUGUCAAAUCUGUGAAAUGUAGGGUGUUUUUGAAAGAAACACAGUCUAGCUUGUUGAUAACAGAUGAAUACAUCACUGGACCUUUGCAGAUGGGUGCAACAGUGGAGGUGAAGCAUCCUGACACAGGACGUGUGAUGGAAGCUACAAUCAAACAAAUGAGUGACUCAAGCAUGUAUACAGUUGUUUUUGAUGAUGCUGAUGAAAGAACUCUUAGAAGGACACAGUUGUGUUUGAAAGGCGACAAACAUUUCAUGGAAAGUGAGACGUUAGAUAACCUGCCCUUGUCCAAUCCAGAACAUUUUGGUACACCAGUGAUUGCCAGAGGAAAAAGAGGUAGAUCUGGUCUUGGAACAGGGAGCAGCCAUGAGGAUAGUGACUCCUCCUCUGAAGAAGAUGACAGUCCUCGGAAAAAGUAUCGUGGGAAAAAUCAGGAAUUAGUGGGCAAAAUAAUGUUUUACGAGACUGGUGACAGAAAGAAGACACAAACAGUACCUGCGCUUGUGGUGUUACCAGAUGCCAAUCCAAUUGAACUGAAAAAUAAGGAUCAUGUUCUUAUCAGAUCCUUCAAGGAUGGGAAGUUUAUGUCAGUUGCAAGGAAGGAACUAAGCAAUUUUGCAAGAGAAACAGUACUGAAAAGUGAAGAUAAAUCUUUAAAGCCAGCAAUGGAGAAGGCCUUAUUAUAUAUAGAUAAUCGUGAGUUGCCGGCGACUUGGAACAAGGAAGAAAUGCUUGGCUCAGAUGAUGAUGAAGGGGAUGAAGAAGAAGAUACAUCAGAUGAUGAUGAGAUUAGUGAAGAAAAGGAUCGCUUUGUUGCCCAGCUCUACAAGUUCUCUGAUGAUAGAGGUACCCCAAUUAAUAAAGGUCCAAGCCUAGGAACAAAGGAUUUGAAUCUCUACAAGCUGUUUAAAGUUGUACAGAAGUAUGGUGGAUAUAAUAGGGUAACCAACCAGAUGAAGUGGAGACUUGUCUAUUCGAAAAUGCAGCUGCCACCUUCAAACACUGCUUCAACACAGAUCAAAAAUGCCUACAAGAAAUACCUUCAUGCUUUUGAAGACUUCUAUCGUAAGUUGGGUAGUUCUAUGGGAACUAUAAGUAGACCUAGCAGAAGCCGUAAUGACUCUGGGAGAAGUAUUCUCAGUUUCCGUGGCAGGGAAGCAGCAAGAACACCAGAUAAGACUGAGAGUGAGAGGGAGAAGGUAUCAGAGGAUACAAAGUCUGAAUUUGACAGUGAUGCAGAGAGUGUCGCAAAAUUAGCAGGUACACCAAAAAGACCAAAGUCUGCUCGCAUGAAAACUGACGUUCUAAAAGAAACUAAAAAGGUUGAGGCAAAAGAAAAGGAAACUAAAGAAGAUAAAAAGAUGGAAAAACAAGAAACAAAGAAGGAUGAUAAGAAAGAAAGUAAGAAAGCUGAGGAAUCACCAAAGAAAACAGUUGCCAAAAAGACAGAAGAGAAAAAGGAAAAUAAACAGCAGGAGGUAGAGAAGAAAGGAGCCAAAAAGAAAGAAGAUGGCAGUGCCAAGGAAAAGAGUGACACAGAAGAAGAGCUCAAAGAUUUACAGAAAAAGAUUGGAAGAAGGAGAUCAAUGAAAACAGAGGAAAAGGCAGAAGAUGAUAAGGAAGAUAGCAAGAAAGACAAAAAGGAAGAACAGAAAGAGAAAGAACAGAAAGACAAAAAGGAUGAUGGAGAGACAGAUAAAAAGAAAGAAGAAGAAAAAACAGAGAAGAAACCAAAAAAGAAGAAAAAUGGGAAAAGUGAAGAGUCCUCAGAUAUGGAGACAGAGUCUGUAGCAGCGUCAGUGAGCAACACAGAUACCAGUAAUCUUCCUGCAGGUGCAAAACUACGUGUUAGAUAUGGUAAAGGCAAAAACACCCGGGAGUAUGAGGCAAAGAUAUUAGAGGUAAGCUCGGACCCAGGACCUGCUCAAUAUCUGGUACAUUACCAGGGAUGGAACACCAGGCAUGACGAGUGGGUGGGGCGUGAUAGGAUCAUGAAAGUGUUGGAGAGACCAGAUAGUAUUAAAAGUAAGAAACCAGUGCAGAAACCAUCACCUAAGCCAGGAAUAAAGGGUCCAAAGAAGAAAUCUUUACUGGACAAGGCUCCAGCCUCACCUUCCAGUGUAAAAUCAGACUCGAGUACGAGCCAGGGACCAGGGAGACCUGCUAACAAGGCUGGGAAAUCUACAUCAUCUGCAUCAUCAUCACCUUCAGUAACUACUAGUGCCAAACCUAGACCAACCAGGUCUAACAGCAUUGAACUCAUUACAGAUGGGCUGCCUGCAAAACGUAGAAAAAGGAAAGUGUCCAGUGUAUAUGAUUCUACAAAUGGUUCAGACAGUGAAGAAAGUGGGAAGUCGGACACAGAAAUGGACACAUCAGAGGUGGACCGAAAAAAUGAGAAAUCCAAGACAGAUUCUCCCAUUAAGUCCUCCAGCAUGCCUUUUAUAGCCUCUGAAAAAUCAGAGGAAGAUAUCACUGAAGAUCUGGACUCCAGUAUUGACAGAAGUCCACCAAAGUUGAUGAAACAAGUAGAUAUAGGUAAAGAAACUGUUGAAACUGAAGAAAAACUAAGUGAAAAAGAGCAGACAAAGGAAGAACCUUUAGCUCCUGUAUUAAAUGUAGUUGAGAUGGAGAAAAAUAAUGAACCAAUUCUGGAGAAAUUAGAAGCUCAGUUGAACUCCACAUGUCCAGAAAAAGUUGAAAAACCAACUGAAAAUAAAGAGAAAGAAACAAAAAAGAAAGAACCAGAAAGAAGAGGUAGAAAACCACUGGUGAAAUCUGUAGUUAAAGUUGAUAAAAAUGUUGAGCCAGAAAUUGUUAAGAAAGAAGAUAAAGAAGAAAUUGUUGUUGAAAAAGAAACAGUUAAAGUCCAAGAGUCUCUGUAUGAUUUUAAAGAUGAACCUGAAAAUGAUACUGAAAUUAAGUUAUGUAGAAAGAAAGCUUUCGAAAGUAAUUCUGUUAAAGAUGAUCAGAAGGACAUUGUAAAACCUGAAAUUGUUAAAGAGGUUAAAAAUGUGUUGCAAGGGUCUGUUGAUGAUUCAGGGAAGGAGUUUGCAGGACAUACUCCUCCUCAUUUGUUAGAUGAAAAAGACACUGCGAAAUCGGACUCAGAGGUGGAACGUAGGGGCAGAAAGAAGAAAAUACUUACUGUCAAAGAAACAGUGAAAGAGUUGAAAACACCAGUACCUACUGUUUCUGUUAACAGUAUAGAGGCAUUAAUUUCAUCAGGGCCUCCAGAAAAGAAACCAUUUAUCACACUUGCAGAGAAGAAGCAAGGAUUCUCUCCAAUGGUGAGGAAAAUACCAGUAGCAGUAGAAAGGCCAGAUAUCGAAAGUGCUAAAUUGUUGUUGCAAGUGUCUGAAGUUGAUAAAAUUGAGAGGAAAGAAGAAGUCAAGAAGAUGCCUGACCUGUUGGUCGUUCACAAAGCUUCUCCUGUGAAAACAGAUAUUGUUCUUGGAAGGAAGGUUGAAACUGGCGAGCAAGAGGAGAUAAAUGGUGAUAUACAACCAAAUGAUGAAGUGAAGGAGGAAGAAAAUGAAGUUCCAAGUGUUAAGAAAAAAGUGAGGAAGAAAACAAAGAAAAAACUUGAAAUGGAAGAGCAGGAAAUGGUUGCUAUAAGAAAAACUUCAAAAAGAGGACCUGGUAGGAGAAGUAAAGAACUUAUCAAUAAGGAAAAAGAUCUUGAAAGUGCUAGUGCUUCAAAAGACAAUUCUGUGGAUAUAGAUCUAAGAUGUGAGGAGCAAAUACGAUCUAGAUCUGCAAGUCCAGAAACAGUUUCGGGAAAAUCAUUUGUUCAGGAAUCCCAAGGGUUUGUGCCACGAAUUGAAACAAUUGACUGCCGAAUUAGUGACAGUCAGGGUUCGGACAGCUUUUCAUUAAAACAUGACAAAACUGAGAAAUCUCAUUCAAUGAACAAAGGUAAUUUGUUUGAAAAUACUCCACCAACCACGCCUGAGCAUGACUCUGAUGACGCUGUUCAACAGCAUGGCCAUAAUGAUCAAAUCAAAACUGCCGGAAAAUUGUCAGAUGAAGGUGGUUCAAAAACAGACUCUAGUCAGGCAGCAGGUAGUGAAUCUCCGGUUGGUAACGCAAGUCCGUCGAAUAGAAGCACAGGCAGCAGUAGUGGUGUGAUCGCAGGUUCAGAAGGCAGCAUUGAUGUUCCAGUGUACUCUACAAAGCGUCGUCGGGAGUCUGAUGAGCCAACACCAACAAAACGUCGAAAACGAGCUUGCAGAGGGAAAUCCACUUCAAGCAGAACAAAGCAGUUAGCUGACAGUGAUAGUGAAGACUUCAGUAAAGGUCGCAGUCCGCAGUACUCGUCCGACAGCUAUCAGAGAACUGCCAGCAGUGCAAAUAGGUCACCAAGACCUCCCAAAUAUAAUUUCAACCUCGAAGAAGGCAAAUAUUUGGAAGGCACAGAUAGAAUAUCAUUCCUUGUUGAUAAAAUCACUGAGAUACGCAAAAUCUACAUGAACCUCAAAUCAGAAGUGGCAUGCAUUGAUAGGCGGAGAAAAAAAUUGAGGAGAAAAGAAAGAGAGAGAGAGGCUCAGAGCUCUUCAGCAGUGGAGGUGGAAUGCUCAUGACCUAGUGCUAAUUCAUCACCAUGGUAACUUCCCCAACAUAACCAUAGCAACAUGACAACACAUUCCUAUCUGACAACACUGUGUGUCAAACUCUUGUAUAAAUAUUGCUUCUCGAGAUUUUAUACCUAUUAUUAGAAAAUUUUAUUCUUACUAAAUAGACUAGAUUGUUAUUGAAAAGAAAGCUGAACUGUUUUCUAGAGCCAUGUGCAAUAUGUUUGAGGUUUUACUAUAUAUUAUUAACAAUUUAAAACUGGCAAUUUUUGCCGUAUAUUUCAAUCUACUAAAAAAACCACUUCUGUGCUGUAAUAGAUAUUUAUGUAUUGUAAGCCAGUACUAGUAAUAAGUGUGGAUUCUAACUAACCAGUAAGGUCUAAAUAAAAAGUGAACAGACUGUUUAGAGCCAUCAUGGUUAAGUGGUUAAGGUUGCCAUGUUUGAACCACUUGCCCCUUAUUGAUGUGUGUUUGGAGCCUUGCUUGGGAUGUUGAAUUGUUCAUGGGAGAAAGUCAUUCAACUGGCUUACAGAAGGUCGAUGGUUCUACCUAAGUGCCUGCUUGUGAUAACAUAAUGCUCAGAAGAGCACCUGGGGUCCUCCCUCGCCAUCAAAAGCUACAAAAGUCGCCAUAUGACUUAAAUUGUUUUGGUUUGACUCAACCCAACAACAACAACAACAAAAAUUGAACUGUCUCUAAAAUUCCUAGGUUCCUACUUUCUUGAAGUUUUUUAAAAUUCCUGAAAAAAAAACCUUGUAAAAAUCAAGCCUGCUCCUAAAAAUAUCCUUAGCUUUUCUAUAAAUUCCUAAAUUUUUAUCAGACAUGAACUCAUGUUAAUUUAUCUCUUAAAUCAUAUACAUGUAAAUUAUAUCUAAAAUGUUUACAAAUAUACAAAAGUUAUGUAAAAAAUUGUAACUGAAAUAUUUUUGAUAUCAUGGUAUAUUGUGCAAAUAAGUAUAAGUGGGCUAUCAUGAAAUACUUAGACAUAGAUGAUGGAAUUCAUUCAAAGUCUGUACUUUGUGAUCAUGCCUUAUACAAGAUACAGAAGAACAUUGUUGGCGCAUAAUUGUUAAAGACAUUUUGUUGGAUAGGAACUGUUUGAAUUGUGAUUUAUAUACAUAAUACAUCAUUUUGUAAAUAGAAGUCUUUGUAUAUAUACAUCUUCCUAUGAUGUUCCUGGAAUUCAUUUUUAUGUUACUGGUUAACCGUUAAUGUAAAGGUUGAGGUGGCCUGUGUAUGCAAAUGAAUGUGUGUAGUAUUUCUUUACCAAAGUGUCAAAUUUAGAAGGUGCGAAACAUACAUUUUGUUGAUUCAGCUAAAGGAAAUAGGUGUGCAUACAGUUUAACCUCUUAGAGUGGACAUACAGUGCAACCUGUCAUGAGUGAACACCUAUUUAUUGGAAGACAAAAAUGUGUUUGUUGUAAAGAAGUUAUUGCUCAGAAAAAGUUAAUUUAUUAAGAAUGAUAUCUUAAUAGGGGAAGAAAAUAGAGGUCUUUGUAGAGAAGUGUUUGCUGUAUAUAGGUGUCCUUAAGAGAGGUUCAGCUGUAUUUAUAGACCACUAGUUAAAUGUCUCUUGAAGUUUAAAGCCGUAAGUUUACUAUAAGGAAGGCAUUUAAGGAAAUUGUAGGAGGUGCCUGUCACCAUGUAAAGAUAUUUACUACACAUAUACUGGACCCAAGGUUAUAAAAUAGUUUGUAGACCAGUCUAAAAUUCAAGCACCUGAUUGUGUGUAUAAGAGCUAGAAUAUUGAAAUUGACCAAUGGCAAAGUUGUAUUCCCAGACUGGUCUUCAACCUUGGUUCCUGUAUGAAUUGAAGUAUCAACCUUAUUUAUGUCUCCAGUGCUAUGUAAAUAUGGCACUAAUUGUAUGUGAUAUUUUUGUGGAUCAAACCAUGAGAAAUUGUAAAAAUGAAUUUAUUUUUCAUUUUAAAUUUUCUUUUUAUAAAGAUGUAAAAAUUCCAGCUGCAUCAUUGACAACAUUGUGAAUAAAUUAUUGAUCAAGAUUUAGAGUAAAAAAUGAUCAGUACAA